AUUGUAGAAACCACCAACGCCCCUGCUGCCAUUGGCCCCUAUGCCCAGGCUAUCAAGGCCAACAACAUGGUCUACACCUCUGGUCAGAUUGGUUUCAUCCCUGCCACUGGUGAGAUCGUUGAGGGUGGUGUCGUUGCACAGACCGAACAGACCUUGAAGAACUUGUCUGCAGUUCUUGAGGCUGCUGGCUCUAGCCUCGAGAAGGUUGUCAAGACCACCGUCUUCAUGAGAGACAUGAACGACUUUGUUGCCAUGAACGAGGUCUACGCCAAGUACUUUGCCAAGCACCAGCCUGCUCGUAGUGCUGUCCAGGUUGCUCGUCUUCCCAAGGAUGCUGCCGUCGAAAUCGAGGCCGUUGCCAUGCUCGAAUGA